AAGGCCACCCUGAGCUGUGAGCUGUCCCAGGAGAAGACGGAGGUCAAAUGGUACAAGGAAGGGAAAUUGAUCACCUCCAGCAAGAAAGUGAGGAUGGAGUCUGUGGGUAAAUCUCGGCAUCUGGUGGUGGAACAGGUGGAGAAGAAAGAUGCUGGAGAAUAUACCUGUGAGGCUUCUGGACAGAAGAUCAACUUCAAGAUCAGUGUCAAAGAAAGAUGCUGGAGAAUAUAUCUGUGAGGUCGCUGGACAGAAGAUCAAUUUUAGGAUCAACGUCAAAGAACCAGAGCCGGCAUUCACCAGUCUGGACAAGGUCCAGAAAGAGGUCCAGGCUGUGGUGUCAGAGAAGGCCACCCUGAGCUGUGUGAUGGCCCAGGAAAAGACAGAGGUGAAGUGGUACAAAGACGGGAAAUUGAUCACCUCUAGCAAGAAAGUGAGGGUGGAGUCUGAGGGUAAAUCUCGGCACCUGGUGGUGUCUGAGGGUAAAUCUAGGUGCCUGGUGAUGGAACAUGUUGAAAAGAAAGAUGCUGGAGAAUAUACCUGUGAGGCCGCUGGACAGAAGAUCAACUUUAAGAUCAACGUCAAAGAACCAGAGCCGGCAUUCACCAGUCUGGACAAGGUCCAGAAAGAGGUCCAGGCUGUGGUGUCAGAGAAGGCCACCCUG